AUGCAACAACGUCGACGUCCACCUAUGACACUUUCACCUGUAGCUUUAAAUAAUAAUUUGAAUAGACCUAUACGUCAAACUAAUCGAAGUAUGCCAACACCAAUGAAUCAAUGUUUUGGUUGUUCUCAACCUAUGUAUAAUCAAUAUAUAUCAAAUGUUCUUGAUCAUUUAUGGCAUCCAGAUUGUGUUCGAUGUUUUGUAUGUCGAUGUUUACUUAAUGAACAAUGUUAUUCACGUGAAGGAAAACUUUAUUGUAAAGAUGAUUUUAUAAAAAAAUAUAUUCAUCGUUGUUUUGCUUGUCAAAAUCUUGUUAAAUCCGAUGAAUUAAUUCGUCGUAUUCGUCUUGGUCGUAUAUAUCAUGCUGAAUGUUUUAUUUGUAUAAAAUGUAAAUGUACAUUACAAGAUAAUGAUAUAACAUCAUUAUUUAAAACAAAUGAUAUAUUAUUAAAUGAUCUUGAUUAUUUAUGUCAAACAUGUUCUAAUCAAGAUAAAUUAUUAAAUGAAAAUAUUUUAUUAACAAAUACAAAUGAAAAUAAAAUAAUUGAUUCAAAUACAAUCAAUGAAAAACUAUCAUCAUCAUCUGAUAUACAACAAGAAGAAAAAUUAAUAACAAUUAAUAAUGAUAUAACAAAUAUUGAUAAUCAUAUUAAUAAUGAACAAGAAAAAAUGGAUAUUGAUGAAUCUUUAUCAACAAUAAAUAAAUCAUUAAUAUCAUCUAUAAAAGAUAAAUCACCAUCACCAAAUUUAUCAAUUCCUAUUUUAUCAAAAUCAACAAAUCGACAAUCAAAAAUUCGUCAAAGUACAAGUAGUAAUGGUAGUAAACGUUCACCAGCUAAAACUAAAACAACAACAACAUCAGUGUCUCGUCAAAAACAUACUAUUGUUAAUGAAAGAAAAGGUCGUUCACCAGCAACAAGAUCAAAAUCAUCAACUAUUACAUCUACUAAUACUUCAACUGUUCAACGACGAUCAAGUAAUCGUCGUACGACAAAAACAACACGUUAUCGAAAACGAAGUUUUUCAAGUGGAAGUGAUGAUGAUGAAACUGAAGAUGAUGAUGAAGUAGAAGAUCACGAUAAUGCUGAUUUAACUGAAGAGAAUAAUAUUCAUGAUAAUGAACAAGAAAAUACUCAUUCACCUAUUGUUAAAACAAAAUCAUCAAAUAAUUCUGAUGAUAAAAAAUCUGAAUUAGAAUCUAAAUCAACAACAAUUAUUUCAUCAAUACCACCGCCGCCAACAACAACAACAAAUCCAUCACUUAUAACACAAACGAAAAUGUCUGAACCAUUAUCAUUACUUAGUGGUCUUGCAGCAAAUCCAAUGUCAAUAUCUUCAAUAAUGAAACCUGAUUUAACACCUAGUUUUAUGCCUCCAAAUUUUAAUCCAGCAUUUCCAACACCUUCACAAUUUUUACCACCAAAUUUUCCUUUACAAUCAAGACUUCCAAUGCCCCCACCACCAUCAUCAUCAUUAACUAAUACACAAGUUCAAUCUGGUCCUGUAACUGAUUCAAAUUCAGCUAAUACAUCUGAUACUGAUUCACUUGAUCGUUCAUCAAGUCCAUUACAAAUGGAUAUAUCAACAAAUGUUGAACCAGGUACACCAGCACGUCCUAUAACACCAACAAAAACUUCACGUCAAACAACAACACAAAAACCAUCGGCACUUUCUUCAUUACUUGAAUUUGGUACAAUACCAUCAUCAAAUCUUAAUGAUAUACGUUCAAAUAAUACUUCAACAAAUCCAUUUCCAUUUCCAUUUGUUACACCUGGUCCUGGUGUACCAUUUUCACCACAAGCAGCUGCUGGUAUGGCAACAUUUUAUCGUCCACCAUUUGGUGUACCAUCAACAAAUUUACCACUUGAUAUGACACAAACAAAUUCGAAUAUAUCAAAAAAAAAAUCUGAUUUAAUUGAUAAUAAUGAAAUUAUUUCACAAAAUUUACUUGAUGAUUCAUCAUCAACAUCAUCACCAAAAAAGAAAAUAACAAAAACAAAUUCACGUAAAAAAACAAAAAUAGAUAAUGAAAAUGGUAUUGAUGAAGAUAAUAUAUCAUCACCACCACCACCAUCAUCAUCAUCAUCACAAACAAAUAAAAAAAAGAAAAAACGAAAAUCUAAUAUAACAGAUACUAAUAAUAUAAAUGAUAAUGAUGAAACAAAAAUUACAAAUGGUAAUACAAAUAAUCAUUCACAUAAUCUUCUUGCUCAAAUGGGUCUAUUAAAUGCUUCAUUUAUGUCGUCACUUCCACCACCACCACCACCACCAUCAUCAACAAAUGGUAAAACAUCAACAACAAAUUCUCAACAAGCACAAUUAGCUGCAAUGUAUUCAAUGGCACCACAUUUUGCUGCAUAUAAUGCUUUUCAAGGUGCUUUUAAUCCAGCUUUUGCUGCAGCUGCUUAUGCUAGUGGAUAUCCAACUCCAUAUGGAUUUCAUCCAGCAUUUACUGCAUCAUCUCCUGGUCAACCAUUUCCAUUUAUGUCACCAACAUCUUCAUCAAAUGUACCAUCAUUAAAUAAUACAUCAACAAAUGAAGAUAAAACAUCAUCUAUUGUUGUACCUGAAACACGACCAUCAAAAUCACGAAAAAAAAGUACUACUAAUGGUGAAAAAAAAAAAUCAACAACUCCUCGAUCAAAUAAGAAAAAAUCUAUAGAACAAACUCCAUCUAUAGAACUUCCUAUAUCAACAGAAAAUGAAUCAAUAAUAACAACAACAAUAUCAUCAACAGAUAUAAUUCCACCAAUAUCUGAAAUAAAUAAACGACGUAUAAGUAGUACAGAAAGUGAAGAUUUUGAUGAACAACAACCAACAAAUGGUAAAUCAGGUAAUGAAUCUGAUGGUUCAAUAGAUGAUGGUGAUCGAUCAUUUAAUACUCUUCCAUCUACAUCAUCUUUAACAGCACCUGAAAAAAAAAGUGCUCGUACAACAAUUAAACCACAACAAUUAGAAAUUUUAUGUAAAGCAUUUGAUUCAUGUUCAAAACCAAAUAAAACUCAACGUGAACAAUUAGUUGCUGAUACUGGUCUUAGUCUACGUGUUAUACAAGUUUGGUUUCAAAAUAGACGUUCAAAAGAACGUAAAGGAGGAAAAUCAUCAAAAGAAAAAGAAACACCAUUAGAUGAUGAUGAACCAGGUGAAGAUUCUCAAUCAUCACUUCCACCACCAACAACAACAACAUCAGAAUCAAUUUCUAUUACUAAUACAGAAAUCUAA